AUGUUCAAAUCGUUCCAAGCUUCCGACGCCCUGCUUGAGCAGAUGGCAGCGCGCGUUGGGAAGCAAGGGACGCAUAAGCUAGAAAAAGAAAAAUUCGAACCUAAGCCAACGAAGCCACUUCUUGGUGUACCCUACAACAACUCCCUCACCAGCAAUGUCCGUCUAGAAAGCACAUUCUCAGGUGGAGCAUUGCUGCAAGGAGGAGCAGGUGCGGGGAGAGGGGUAUUAUCAGUUGAAGAUGUUGUUAUUUGGUUGUGAUCUCAUGGAAGUCGUGGAAAUUGCUCAUCUCACCGAUGAAGUAAAGUAGUUUUUCGGAAUUCUGGGUGUAGUUGUUGUACAAGGAGAAGAAGCAAAGAAGUCGAUUCACUCAGUCGAAAACUACUGUUUUGUCCCGCCUCCAUUAGGCUGUUAGUUGUACUGAAUGGGACACCAUGAUGAUGAACUGCUUCCGUCCUCCUUAUUUUAUCCAUCUCUAUGUCUAGAGUCUCAAUUUACUUGGUUGAAAUACCAAUUCACCACUGCUUCUACAGAACGAGCGUUCCCUGUCGUCCGAUUCCGCACUGGGUCGUGUUGGAGAGCAGAUAAUGGGAGGCUCCCAAUUUCGAGUAGCAUCCUCUCAGCAGGUGGAAGCCAAGCAGAAACCUUUCGCUGUCGUGAAGCCUAGUCAGGCGUCUAAUUUCAUAAGCCAGAGGACGGAAGAGGACGUGAAAAGAAAUACAGAAGCCGUCUUCAGUACUGCCGAUAUGGGAGUAGACGCUUUUCUGAAGGAGCAAGAAGAAAAGCGGAAGCAAGUAUGGUCGGUUACGGCAGCAGCUGAAGCAGCGACGAAAAAAUCCAAUCAAGAACGGGAGGCAAAAGAAAGAGCAAAAGAGCAAGAGCGCGCGAAUGUAAUUGCGAGCGCUACUAGCACAGUAGGCGGAUCUAGUAGCUUUCUGAGCAUGAGCGGAGUCUCAAUGUCGCAUGGAAUGAGUAGCCUAGGGUCCUCAGGGAGUGCGGCAACAGCGGCAGGUGGUGGAUCUGGCUCAAUGACAUUAGAGCAAUAUGCGUCGGCGUCAAGAGCAGCUUCUUACAUUAAGAGUUCUUGGAGUUUCAAUCUCCUUGUUGUCAUUGUUGUUAUUUCUGAGGCAGCUGUUGUCUCAAUGUAGAAAUAUCUUUCUACUUUCGAGAAAAUGGAAUACAAUCAUUGCCUACAACCUAGCAAUGAAUAGCAAACAGGCAGUCCUUCAUCUUCUAAGUCCGACACUCUAGCAGCCAGUCUCGGAGUUGCGUCCGAGCACCCAGUGCCUUCAGCAGUCAACACUUCUAUAACAUCUUCUAGUACAACAAGCACUACCACUAUCAUGUCUAGGACAACGAGACCCAACAUGUCUACAAGCUCUGUAGACCCGACGUCCGUCAGCAUUGGUCUUAGGGGUGUAGAGCAUGUGGCUAGCGUCAAAGAAGACGAGGCCUUGAGGGAAAAAGAGGCUCUCCUCCGCAGAGAGCGGAGUCUGUAUUCCCAUGCACCUGGCAGUAAUUGCUCGACUAGCGGACCGAUAUCGUCGAUAGUGCGAGAACACAGGAAACAUCGCCGCUUGCAGGAGAACAGCGUCAAUUUGUCCGCUAGUUUGACCUUGCCACGAGAAGCAGUGACUACGAAUCGCUCAAAGAGUAAGAUGCCGGAUGUUUUUGCCAGACUAAGCGUGAAUCCGUUGCUUGCGGGGAGUACGCAUUCUUCGCCGGUUAGGCGAAGGGGAAACCUGACUCAGCAGAGUUUCAACAACUCAACCUCUUUCUAUCCCAACACCACUUCCGGGACCACAGCAACGAACAGUUUGAUGAUGUCUAGUAGUUUGUCUUCGACAUCUCAAGCUCCAGUUGGGUUAGGUGCUGGUGCGGCAGGGACGAACAUGAACGACCCAUCGGCAAGAAUGCCACCAGGGAUGAAAAUUCAAGUCACAGAAAAGGGUUUCGAGUAUGUCCCUGUAGAUGGAGCAGAGGGGUCGGAUAAUCUUAUGAAGACGAAUACUUUUUUUCGUGUCCUCGAUAGCUUGCAACAACAUACCUUCCGAACCCUCGUUACAUUUUUAUAAGCAUAAAUUUUCAUGAUUAGCAACUCGUCUCCAUCUUCAUUCUCUAACAUCCCCGCCACCGGAACGAAACAAAGAGCCCACAGUGUGCCACCUCUGCAUCUGGGUAAUGCGUAUUUGGACAGCGUACAAACCCCACGCGCCAGUUUUUGGCAAGAUGACGGUCCCGGAAAUUUGAACGCUGUGGACUUUCACCAGAGUCGUAAAGGGCCACGGACGCCGCCACUGGAUGACGGAACAACUGGUGGAAUGAUUAAGACUUGCCGUAAUUCCUCCUAAGAGGCAUCUUCCCUGACACGUUCUCAAGGGGGAAAUGCGUCAAAGAUGACUUCCAAGAUGAAUUGGUGUAAGUAAGCUCUAAGAUGAAGAACAGAGAUACUACUUCUGGCCCUGGCGCUACAGCAGGAACAUCUUCGACUUCAACUUCAUCUACUUCUGGUGGAACCGCUGCUGCAAGUAUCCUCCUUCCCUCGGGCGAAGAAGUGGAAGAGUCUCGCUUCUUCAACCCGGAAAAAAAUUUGCGAGAGCAUGUGGAAGGAACAACGUCCUCUACUGGUGGAGGGCCUAUAGGCCAAUAUGACUCCCGUGGAGUGUUAAUCCGGAACACGACACAAGGCAGACAACAACAGGCGGAAGAGCUGAAGGAAGAGGCGCGGCGAGCAGAAGCAGAACAGGACCGCUCUUUUGGCUUCCUGGGUGCGGACACGUUGAACCAACCUAAUCUUGAUAGCAGAGCAACCAACGACUACGGUGCUAGCUUUUCCGCACUAGUGGAUGGCGUGCAUAAGGUGAACAAAGACAAUUAAGGGUAGGUUUUAGGUGUUUCUGUUACCGCUUGUUAUGGCUCUCCACCUAAGCAGGAGGAAAAGCAUAUUAACAGAUGGGGGGUAGAAACACCAAAACCCUACCUCUAAGACAACUUAAAUGAGCCAGCCAGUGAAGACUAUGGUGGUGGUUGGGUUGCAAACGGUAAUGCGAGACCGCCAAUGCCAGAAGAAGGGAAAACGAUGACGCAGUUUCUCUCUACCAUCGACAAAGAUCUGUUCAAAGUAGGCGAUACGCCAAGGGGUGACGACUCGAUAGAAAACUCAGAUCAAGAACAAAUGCAGAGUGCUUCUAGUAGUACUACAGGAGCGAACAACAAGAAAGCAGGAGGAGCCAGUACCACAUCAGCAGCAGGAUUUGAUAUGCUAGCAGGAACUUCAUUUGCGAAGAUGCCAACUAGUACGAAGCAAGAAGAUAACCAUAACUCUCCUGCACAGGCUGAAAUAGCCGCGAGUAGUACUAUGUCCAUGCCCAGCACGUUUGCUCCCGCAGCGACCCUGGCAGCACUACCGACACCCGGUGCUGCAAAUAUGAAUAAGCAGAGUAGACGGUCUAGUCUCGCUUCGACGUGGCAAGCGUUACCCUCAGUACCAGAAGAAGCCGAUACGCAUGCUGGGGGAUCAGUAGGCUUAAAGGUGCAAAAACAACUAGCACACGGAGCAACCAUGACUGGAGCUGGUGGAACGUCAAUGAGAACAUCAGGCCAUGCACAAGGUGCUGCGUCUUCCUCUUCGUCAAACACAAUGAAUUACAACAACCAAACAACCGGAGGUGGUGGUGGUGCAACAUCAAAUCUCCUCUCAUCUUCAAACAACUCGACGUCAAAUAUGCCACUACACCAGCAACAACAUUCGCAGCACUCACAGUCGCAAGGUAGUGCCACACCAUCAGUGAGAAUGAGUGCAGCGGAUCAAGCGAUCUUUUUGAGACAACCUGUCCCACCAUUUAGAGCGAACUCGUUGCCGGCCUAUGUGAAACGCAAUAAGCCGCUGGGAACACGGAGGCCGCGUUUGAAGGAAGCAGUCUACUUGGGAACGAAUACACUUUCUCUAUGAUGGGAACUACAGCUGCAUCAAUUGUACGUAAAUAGAAGAGUCCUCGUGUAGAAUAAUUCAUAACUUGAAUGAUAUAUUUUUAUAAUUUGACCUUCACGACACCUACAAUCUAACAAGAAUUUCAUCAUUCCUCAUAUUUUUAACUUCUACCGCGGUCUCUCUCAUCAAUGUUGUAUUGAACACUGGUUCUGGUUUCUUGUCUUCUAAGAACCCUCGACGACUCUAGAAGCUCAACUGGUGCUGCUGCUUCUGCGCUACACCUAGGUGGAAAUGGCGGAGGAGGAGCUUCUGGCGAAGCGAGCGUCAAUGAGCAAGAGUAUGAGCAACAGAGAAGACGACUAGCAAGCAAAAUGGAGAUGGUUGGAUUCUUCCAGGUACAGAGAAAUGAUGGAAAUGGUGUUUUACUAUUCUUGAUCCACACCAUAGAUGGCCACCAACAUCACUACCUCCCAUCACUCGUCUAACAUGAAUUGGACCCGCUAUCACUCUAGAGUGAAUAUGACAGCACAGGAGCUUUCAUCCACUAUUUCUCUCUCUCCCAGGGCUGCCAAGACAACUUUGCUAGUAUGACGUCGCGACAAAACGGCACAUUGAGACGAAAGCUGGCUAGUUCCUCUUCCAAGAUUGGGGAGCAUAUGCGAGAAUUUGGGACUGAACGUGAUCGACAGAUGGCCACGUGGUCUCAACAAGCACAAGUUACGGCUACCGAGAAGCUUAAGUUUUUCUUUUUGUUUGUAGCAAAAGAAUAUGUAAGAGGAUGAGAUAGAAGAACGAUCAUGAGUAUCGGUGGAAUGAGUAAUGGGCUGGCGAGAUAAUCAGGAUCUUUCUUUUUACACUACGCACUUAGUGAAGUGAUGAUAGUUAGAGGUGCAGCUCUUGGCCUUGGUCUAGAAGGAAUGAUCUCUCUACCUCUUGUCAGGCAUAUCAAUCAUCAAUCAAUCACCUUAGAAUGUGGUCCGAUACAAGAUGUUGAUGGAGAAGAGAUCUCCUCUACUUGAUUCUAAUCCAAAUCCCGGGAACAUUCCUCGCCGACUAAAACAGAUCUCCCACUUCGUCGAGGGUGCCAACGCUGGAAGCGGAGGAGUACUAGGAGCUGGAGGUGGGGGAAUUAGCGUCGAACUUUGAUGAAGCAAAUUAUAACUUUGACGUCACCGAUCAGAAAAACGCAAAAAUGAAAUAAGCUAUCACCACCACAUUUUUGUUCAUAUUUUGAGAAUACAAGUUGAAGAAUGCAGCUAGGGUGGAAACGAUAAUAUUAACACAGUUGUGAUGUUGCCUAAUAUGAUGUUGUCAACUGCCGGAACAGAAAGCUUUUAUUUCAUUCAUUUUUUCAUCACGUUCAAGUUCAACAUCACGUAAAAAUACUAUGAAGAGCAGAAACUACAACAAUUUCUAUCUGAGAACUCAAUAAAUAUCGUGCUAGCAGUAGCAUCAAGCUAAUGAACAGUAUAUUCACGUAUAGAAUUAGACAUUGAAGAUUCCCGAGAACUAGAUUUUCAGCUCUAAACAUUUAAUGAACUUUUUAAUCGCAUAGAAAUGCACAAAGUCCUCUUGUGGAAAUCGAAAUAAAAUCCAAGUCAAUCAAUCGAAUCUACCGCGACACCGGCACGCAAAAAUUUGUCACAAUCGUAUCAAUCUGAGUGGUCAUUGAAAAUUUCUACAUCGUAGUACAAAUGGAAGAACUUUUUUGUCUCUAAGUCUUAUAAGUAGUCAUUUAUGCUGUUGAUGAAAUACAAAUUCGUCGUUUGAAACUCGAAAAAUCAUGGUAUAGUGAGUCCUCGGCACUGACUCCUAUCAGCGACAGAUGUUGAAGAAUCUGAUACCCAGAGUAGGUAUGAUCCUGCUGGACCGGAUGGAAAGAUGGCAAUGAGUGAG